CACGCGCUUGGGGCCGUGCGGGAAUGGCUGCCGGCUGGUCUGGGGGUUGGGCCGCUCCUAGCGAACGGAGAGUUAAAGAGUUUUUAAUGUCCGCCAUGUUGGCCAUGGCGUAUUGAACCAGGGAGAGAGGGGAACGACUGUAAAAAAAAAAGAGACCGAAAGAGAGCGACCAAGAUCCGGGCCUUUCGGGCUCCUCUCGCAUCGCCGUUUGCGUGUGUGUAUAUUUACCAGUCGAACAAGUGACUGUCGGAGAUCGCCACAGACCCAUCCAUGAGAACUCUAACUGGGACAGUUGUGAAUUAUAGGGGAUCGGAUAGAUUUAUUCUGCAUCUCGAAUUAUAAAAAAUGAGUAAAUUGUCGUUUCGGGCACGGGCGCUGGACGCUUCCAAGCCUCUACCCGUCUUCCGCUGCGAGGACUUACCCGACCUGCACGAAUAUGCCUCAAUUAACCGGGCAGUGCCGCAGAUGCCGACUGGGAUGGAGAAAGAGGAGGAAUCGGAGCACCACCUUCAGAGGGCCAUCUCCGCGCAGCAGGUGUACGGCGAGAAGCGGGACAGCAUGGUGAUCCCCGUUCCCGAGGCGGAGAGCAACAUCGCCUACUACGACACCCUCUACCCUGGGGAGUUCCGGAUGCCAAAGCAGCUCAUUCACAUACAGCCUUUCAGUCUGGAUACAGAGCAGCCGGACUACGACCUGGACAUGGACGACGAGGUGUUUGUGAACAAGCUGAGGAAGAAGAUGGAAAUCCUCCCCCUGCAGUUCGAGGAGAUGAUUGACCGUCUGGAAAAGGGCAGCGGACAGCAGCUGGUGACCCUGCAGGAGGCCAAGUUGCUGCUGAAGGAGGAUGAUGAGCUGAUCCGCGAGGUGUUCGACUACUGGACGCGCAAGCGGAAGACCAGCAAGAGCGCCGCCCUCAUCACCUCCGUCAAGCAGGAGAAGCGUGACGGCUCCAGCACCAAUGACCCCUAUGUGGCCUUCCGCCGGAGGACCGAGAAGAUGCAGACGCGCAAGAACCGCAAAAACGACGAAGCGUCGUACGAGAAGAUGCUGAAGCUGCGGCGGGACUUGAGCCGGGCCGUCACCAUCCUGGAGAUGAUCAAGCGCAGGGAGAAGAGCAAGCGGGAGCUGCUGCACCUCACGCUGGAGAUCGUGGAGAAAAGGUACACCAUGGCCGAUUUUGGCGGCGAGGUGAUGGCCGAGCUCUUGGCCCAGCGUGCCCUCAUCAAGCCCACGUACCCCGUGCCCCUCGUCCCACUGCUCAGGCACCCGGACCAUGUCGAGUGCAAGCCCAAGCCUGAGAAGACUGAGGUGGUCCGAACCAAACGGAAGUACGAGAAGAGACCCAAGGCUGCCCCCCUUUCGUCCGCCGCCUCGCUGCAGCCCAGCCACUCGGGCCUGCUGUCUUUCAACGCCAAGGACCUGAAUCAGUACGACUUCCCCAGCUCUGACGACGAGCCCUUCUCCCAGAUGUUGUCUGGCUCGUCAGAGACAGAGGAGGAGAAUGACCCGGACGGAUCCUUCGCGUUCCGCCGGAAGGCUGGCUGUCAGUACCACUCCGCCCGCUUGGAGCAAAGCGGCAGCUGGGCCUGGUGCAGCCCCACAGACGGCGGCCUAGGAGACGCACGCUACCGCUACAGCCUGACCACCCUGACAGUCCCCCACCGCUGCGUGGGGUUGGCACGGCGACGCUUCGGUCGGGGUGGCAGGGUCUUGCUGGACAGGGCACACUCAGACCUGGACCACGUGUUCCAUGCACUAGAUCCGGACGCUACCCCCCUCACGCCCCAGCCUCUGGACAAUACGAUUGCCAGUACCUCAGAAACAAAUACCUCGGACAGAGCGCACGCCGGAGGCCUCCAGCAGGUCUUGUUGAACAUUAAGUCGUGCCGGUGGCGGUACUUCAGACCUCGGACGGCGAGGCGGGGUGGUGCGGACGGAGCAGACCUCUCCGGCCCUGGCAGGCAGUGCAGGGGUCGCACUGGCCCACUCCAGCUGGGGGCACCAGCGAGCGGACCAGGCUCACAGGCCCGGAGCGGACACGGAACGGCCCCUGUCGCUACAUUCACCAUGGAGCAGUACCAGCAGCACCAGGAGCAGCUAGCGCUGAUGCAGAGGCAGCAGCUGGAGCAGACGCAGCUGCAGCAGGCGAGCGCUGAGCCUCCCGGCAGUAACGCGCAGGGAUCGACGUCAAAGACCCUGGACUCGGCAAGUGCCCAGUUUGCGGUCUCGGCACUGGUGACCACGGAGCAGCUGCUGGCGGCCAAGGCCAAAGAUGAGACGGCACUCGGGCUCGGCGUCAACGGGGUCCUGCCGGGUUCUGGAGUCUAUAAGACAUCGCACCAUUCCGGUGGCUCUCCUGCCACUGUGGCUCCCCCCGGCCAACCAGCUGCAGUCACCGUGGCAACAACCACCACCACCAUGAUGGCCGGCCCCACCUUCCACCAGCCCCUGGCCAACAACGGCACGACAGUGACUCCCAGCCUCGCCGCCGCCUCUCAGGUCCUGAUCGGGAACAACAUCCGCCUGAGCGUGCCCCCACCAGGGGGUGCCCUGAGCCCUAUUGCAACGCUCAACGCACGCCACAUAUCCCGGACUAUAAACGCCGUCCCGCCGUCCGCCUUAAAGCUGGCUGCCGCGGCCGGGAACUGCCAGCUGCCCAAGGUCACUGCAGCAUCAUCCUUGGAUAUGGCACCCAGGGAAAACCACGAUCAAGAAAAGACCACCCUGAACAGUAUAGCAGACAACACAGUGGCCAUGGAGGUGACGUAGUGCGCAAGAAGCCGGGGGACGCGGGGCCUCUUCCGGGCACCAUGGCGACCACGGCAGGAUGGCACCAAGUCCGUCUCCAAGGCAACCGUCGGGACUCUAUUGCAAUGCUCAUCUCUCGUGCUUUUUCCAUUUAUUUGUUACUGUUAAUAAGAGGCAUCAACAUCUGUAAAUUAUGAAUAUGGCAAUUCUAUGUACAGUUACCAUGUAUUUGUAAUACACUUGUAUAUAUGUUACUUGAAUACAGAAUUGUUCAUUUGAUGUUUUGCACUUGGGGGAGAAAAAAAAUUGGGGAAAAAAAAAUUGCAACUGGUUAAGUAAAAGGUGAGAGUGUAGCGCAGACGUCCUCACAUCAUGUGCAUGGUGCAGAACCUGCUGUUUUAUCUAUUUAUUGUGCUGUGUUUACAGUUUCUUUGUACACUGUACCCUCAUUGGUUCCUGUGCUAUAGUGAAUGUGUUAGGUAGCUAUGGACUCCUCGGUAUUUUGUAUAUUUGUGAACAUACCCCUGGCCCCCGUCAGGGCGUCCGCUUGUUCUGUGUAUCAUGUGGAAAUAAAUGGUGACAUACAUACAGAAUCGUAGGGGGAGGGGGGGGGGACAGGGGUUAGGCUUUGGAGUUGUCAGUGGGUAAUCGCUUAUUGGGAUUUUCUGUUUGUGUCCCAAGACGAGUAACAAAGUAGGAAUGAAGUCUCUUCCCAGAAGCCGGCGCUGCUUCCCAAUUAACAGAGCACUAUUUUUGUUUAAUUAUUGCUGCUUUUUACGGUUUUUGUUUCUAGAGUUCAUUUAAUAAGCGUUUGUUUUUGUUACUCCUCCCCUCCCAUUUUUAUAAAACAUUUAAAGUUAUUUUUGUAUCUUCCCGCCCCCCCCCUCCCCCAUUGUGAUUGUAUGCCUGUUCUAUUGAAAGACUUCAUUCGUUUUGUUACUUGUUCAUAAAAAGGAUAUAAGGGAGAUAGAGGCAGUACAAGCUGUACGUGUAUCAUCAUUCCAAUUUCUAAAAAACAAAACGGCCUUUUUUUUUCCCCUUUUGGUUUUUUUUUUUUUUUCCUUUUUUUAUUUCUCCAGAAGGCUGAAAGGCCACAACCUGAACUAUGGGGUGCCUUCCUUUGGAAAUGUUCGAGCUCUCUUCUGUGAAGAGUACGGUACCAGGCGAGGCUGCGAGUCUCUGUCCGUGCCGGAAUCUGAAUGCCCAGUCCAAUGGCAUCAUUUAAUCCCUGAGGUUUUCUAGUCCCACCUGGAAGACGGAAAGUGACACAACUCACAAAAAAAUAAAAUGCCAGGGCAUUCUAUGUUGACCA